AUGUCGUCGAUAAUCGGCUUGGAUGCCGUGACAGCCGCACUCUUCACACCUACGACUCUUCUGCGUCUGAUAACGCUCUGGCUUGUAUAUAGGCUUUCCCUCGCCCUCUACAAUGUCUCGCCGUUCCAACCGCUGCACCAGUUCCCUGGACCCAAGCUGGCCGCUGCCUCGUUUUUCUACGAAGCGUGGUACGACUUGGUAAAGGGCGGCCGAUACAGUCAUGAGAUCAAGGCCAUGCACGAGAAGUACGGACCCAUCGUCCGUAUAAACCCCGAGGAGCUCCAUUGCAACGACUAUGACUUCGUGGAUGAGAUCUACCCGUCGACCGGCCGCAUUCGCGACAAGCAUGCCCAUUUCCUAGCCUCGUUGUUCGGCCCGCUGGAGGUAUCAGCGUCUGCCACGCCGGACCACGAGACCCAUCGCGUUCGGAGAAACGCCAUCAACCGGUUCUUCUCCCGCAAGCAGAUACUUCGCAUCGAGCCACUGGUUCACGACAUGGCGCAGAAGAUGUGCAGCAAGAUCCUCCGAAGCACUGGCGAGCCGAUCAACAUGAUCGACCCCUACAACUGCUUCACGGCCGACACCAUCUCCGAGUAUUCCUAUGGGGAGUCCUUUGGUUUCUUGGACCGUGACGACUUUGGACAGAACUUCAAGCGUGCCUUCGAGGCUCUGGUCACCACUACCCACACUGUCCGCUUCUUUCCUAUCCUGCGACACACCGUCCGUCUGAUGCCCUUGAUCGGCGGGGCUAUGGGUCCAGAUAUUGCCUACCUGGUCAAGUCGAUGUACGAGACGAUUCCGAGUCACAUCGUCAAGGCCCAGGAGCGGAAGUCCAGCGGGAACAUUUUCACCGAGCUGCUAGAGUCGUCCUUGCCUGCGUCUGAGAAGUCUAUGUACCGUCUCUCGGGCGAAGGUUGGUCCUUGGUCGCCGCUGGUUCCGAGACCACCGCUGCAGCUCUGACUUUCAUUACGUACUUCCUGCUAUCAGAACCCGACGUUGCGGCCCGCUUGACGGAGGAACUCAAGAACGAGAACCCGAUGAAGCUAAGCUGGGUCCAGCUGGAGCGAUACCCUUACCUGUUCGCCGUCAUCCACGAGGCCCUCCGCAUCUCCUUAGGAAUAUCGUCACGGCUACCCCGCAUCGCACGCAACGAGGAUCUCGUUUACACGAAUCGCGGAUUCAACUACGUGGGGGUGUUUCCGGACCCGGAGAAGUUCAGACCCGAACGUUGGCUCGACGGCCAGGGGCGUGCGGAUCACUCGAUGGAGAAGUACAUCAUGUCCUUCGGCAAGGGCACCCGUCAGUGUGUCGGGAUGAAUCUGGCGUUCUGUGAACUUUACUUGGUUACCGCUGUUCUUGUGCUCCGCCUCAUUCCUCACAUGACGCUCUACGAUACAGUGUUUGAGGAUAUCAAGUACGAAUUUGACAGGCUGACGCCACAGCCCAGGGCAGGCGCUCGCGGUGUCAGAGUGACCAUCUCUUGA